UUUCGUUCGUCGUACAAAAAUGACACGCAAUAGCGAGAACCAAUAAAAAACGACGCGCAAAUACAUGAGUUUUUAUAUUCAAGUGAUCAAGCAUACAAACAUUGUUCACUAAUUUGAUCUGCGUUAAUACAUUAUCCUAGGAGUUUGUGAACAGUGCAGGAUACCCCAAUAAAUCGAAUGUUUUGAUGUCGUGAAGCAUGAGCACGGCGUGACUUCCAUGCCCUGCGUGCCUACGGACACAGCCUACGGAAGGGCGUGCGGUGCGGAUUACGUUUACUAUGAAUGAUUUUAUCUCUUUCUAAACUUGAGUGUCUGUGAAUGACCGAGUGUAAUAGCGAGCGUACCAAAUUAUGGAUUGAAUAGUGUUUGUUGUUGAUGUAUUAUGAUAUGAUUAUUUCGCAAAGAUAAAAAUCGCCGUCGACUGUUAUCGUGUCGUCUUGAAUUCGUGGCGCCCACCAAACAGCAGUCAUAUGGCACGAGUGUAACUACGCGGGACGAGGUGAAUUCGUUACGCUGUUCGAUUUAUCAUAAGCGCUACUAUUUACGCACUAUACGAAAAGGAUAGUACGUAUUUUUAGUUGCGACGCGUGUUCGACAGUGGUAGCGUAGGUUCGACAAUUCGGGUGACUUUCAUCAGCGAAGUAAACAACUUCAAGGUUAUCGGUCGGCAUGUGCCAGCGUUCGUCGGGGAUCGGGAUGCGGGCGCGCUAACAUGUCCGCGGGAGCGGGCGGCGGCGCGGGCGCCAUCGUGCGCCAGGGCCAUCUGCGCAAGCUGAAGACGAUGAAGAAGAAAUACUUCGUGCUGCGCGCGGAGACGGCCGAGUGCUCGGCGCGCCUGGAGUACUACGAGUCGGAGAAGAAGUUCCGCGCCGGCGCCUCGCCGCGCCGCGUGCUGCCGCUCAAGAGCUGCUACAACAUCACGCGGCGCCUGGACCUCAAGCAGAAGCACGUGGUGGCGCUGUUCACGCGCGAGGAGCAGUUCUGCAUCGUGGCCGAGAACGAGACGGACCUGCACGCCUGGCUCACCGCCAUCCUCAAGCAGCACCGCUCCGACGACGCCAGCGCCGAGCUACUCCAUCCCAUACAACACGUAUGGCAAGUGAACGUUCAGAAGAAAGGUCUGGGGUCUUCCAAGAAUAUCCAGGGGCUGUACAACCUGUGCUUGACUGACAAGACCCUCACCUUGGUCAAGAUCAAAAGCCACAACAAUGUCAUCAGCGACCUGGGUAUACCGGAACGGAUCGAGUACACCCUGAAAAAUAUCAGGAGAUGCGGCGAUUCUGAGUGUUUCUUCUACAUGGAGGUGGGCCGGCAGACGGCGACGGGCGCCGGCGAGCUGUGGAUGCACUCCGAAGACUCCAACAUCGCUCAGAGCAUGCACUCCACUAUACUCCUCGCAAUGAGGAACUGCGCCAAAGAGUCGGAGAACGAGCGCGACCACAUCAUCCUACCCGUGGACGCGCCGGCACUGGCGCCGCGCAGCCAGUCCUACUCCGACACCAAGCACGGCCGCGCCGGGCUCUCCAACGACGUGGGCCUGUGCGUGGGCUCGUGCCUUAGGCCGUGCGCGACGCACUCCAUCGACGACUCGGCCGCUGCGCUGGCGCCGCUCGCCUCCCCGCCGCCCCCCGCCGAAAACCAACCGCCGAAUAACUCAUUAAGUAUCGAUAGCCGCGAGAAGGCGCGCGUGGUCAAACACCACCGCACGGUGUCGCUGCCGGCCGGCUGUCCCUGCGCCGCGCCGCGGGUGGUUCACGAGCGCACGCGGUCCGCGCCGCUUGCCGGCGAGGCCGACCGCGAGCCGAAGAGCUGGGCCCGCCGCGCCUCUACCGGCGCCCGACACGCCAAGCUGUCCCCAGCCCAUGCCAAGAAUGCAGUCCGCAGUCGCUGCGACAGUAUGCCGUCGCGAGUGUCGGUGUACGAGGUAGUGGAAAGGCCUCCACCGAGGUUAAACGACAUUGACGGUGUGGAGGCGUCCCGCGACGAGCCGGACGCGAUGGCGGAGUGGUCGCGCACGCCGCGCAUACCGGAGGAGCCGGACUGUUGCGACGUGUCACGGGACUUCGUCAGUUCGGGCGGGCGGGUAGGCGGCGCGCUGCCGGCGGGCGCGUCUGUCCACCACUCGCGCACGUCCUCCUUCGGCGCCGAGGACUCGGUCCCCGACGGGUACCUGCCCAUGGCGCCCGGCCACGAGCCGCUGCCCGCGCUCGUGUCCGCUUCAAGCGGCUCCGUGUGCAGCGGGACGCCGUCCACUGACCCUAGGUUUAGUGAAUACCAGCUGGAGCCGGCGAUGUCGCACAUAGUAGAAGGCGAGCGGCCGCCGCGCGCGUGGAGCGUGGGCUCGCGGGCGGCGCUGGGCGGCGCGCCGGCGGCCCGCGAGCGGCACCGCGCCUACAGCGUCGGCGCGCGCUGCCGGCCCGCGCACCACCACCCGCCGCACCCCAAGGCACCAUCAUCUGCUCCACUACUACCGAGAGCAUCUGCUGAAGACCUAAUGGAGCUGGACUUCUCAGCUAACUCGCCACAAGCCAAGGUGAUAGUGUCUCGAACACCACCGACGGGCGGCUUCGAGGCGCGGCGGCCGAAUGUAGACGAGUACGUCGACAUGUCUCCGCGCAACGCCGCGCUGCUCCCGCGCCGCUCGCCGCCCGCGCCCGCGCAGGCCCCGCCCGUGCCUGAUGGAUAUGUGGAGAUGAACUACACGCGGGCACCUACCAGGCCCAUAGCUAUUACUGCGGUCCGCCCGCCGCAACCUACCACGCCGGGGUCAUGUCCUCGCGUAACGCUGCCCGCGCCCGCGCAGGCCCCGCCUGUUCCCGAUGGAUAUGUGGAGAUGAACUACACGCGGGCGCCUACCAGGCCUAUAGCCAUUACUGCGGUCCGCCCGCCGCAACCUACCUCGCCGGUGAUGCCGGCGCCGCCGCUGGUGUCGCCGCCGCGCCGCAAGGAGACACGCACGCCGCUGGGCUCGCAGACCAUCUUCCCGCUGUCGCUGGACUCGCCCGCCUCGCCGCCCGACCUCGACGACCUCAAGGGUGAGUGGCUCCACACUCGAUGGACCGACGACCGUCGCGCUGGACACAUGUCGCCGCCGCGGGGCUCGCAGACCAUCUUCCCGCUGUCGCUGGACUCGCCCGCCUCGCCGCCCGACCUCGACGACCUCAAGGGAGUGGCUCCACACUCGACGGACCGACGACCGUCGCUGGACACAUGUCGCCGCCGCGGGGCUCGCAGACCAUCUUCCCGCUGUCGCUGGACUCGCCCGCCUCGCCGCCCGACCUCGACGACCUCAAGGGUGAGUGGCUCCACACUCGACGGACCGACGACCGUCGCUGGACACAUGUCGCCGCCGCGGGGCUCGCAGACCAUCUUCCCGCUGUCGCUGGACUCGCCCGCCUCGCCGCCCGACCUCGACGACCUCAAGGACGAGCCGCACCCGCUGACGACGGUUCGCGAGAUCUCGGAGGAGGCCCGCGAGCGCCGCAGCCCCGCCGCCGCCUCGCCGCAGUACGUGCGGCUGGCGCCCACGCUGCCGCCGCUCUGCAGAGCGGCGGACGCGAACAGCACAGCGACGGUAGUGGUUGCAGGCGUGGGCGGGGCGGCGCCGGCUCGCUUCAGCGUGGCCACGCCCCCCGCCACGCCGCCGCCCACGCCCACCGCGCCCGCGCCCGCGCCGCUGCACUACGCCGCGCUCGACCUGCAGCCGCGCCGCGCGCCGCAGCCGCGACCGCCGCGCACCUACACGCAGAUCGACUUCGUGCGCAGCGAGAAGCUGCACGCCGCCGACGCCACAUAGGCCGCCUUUUAUACUGCCAUCCGC